AGUGGACUUGUGAAUCAUCGAGCUCGUCGGUGUGGGCUCACUUGACACAGAUGAAAGUGCCAUGCCUGGACUCAUCAACAAGGAAAAUCGUAGCGCUCUACCACUCAGUGUCUCCGACAUCACUUCCUGUGUCAGAGGGUACACUCAAGCUAUGACCGCUUCCAUGACAUAUGAAAAUAUUGAGGAUCAUGCCAUCGAAGGUAUCUUCAUAUACCCGCUGGAGGAAAAAAACAUUGUUGUGGGCUUUGAGGCGAUGAUUUCCAGUCAGAUUAUCACACUGCAAAUCAAGGACAAAGCCAAGAUAGAUGACCCUCACCACAAUUCAUGCAACACACCAAAUGGAGGCCUGCCUAGCGGCGUUGGACAUAUACUUCUGGAUGAGGAUUUGGAGAGGAAAGUGCUAGUCGUAAACCUGGGGAUAAUUCCUCCUUUGGAGACGGUUCAAAUUCUGGUCAGUACCUCCUGUGAGCUCUCCACUCUACCUAGUGGCGGCAUUAGCGUGAGCACGCCACCAGUGUGCACGCCACGUGUACAAAGAAGUAUCAACGAGGAGCAGGGAUUAUCCCCAAACUUCUCCAGGAUGAGGGACAAACAUCAGUGUGGCUAUAGCCCACAAGAUCGCGCUCCCACAUCUUCUCACUUUUGUUUGUCGGCUUUGCUGGCGGAUGAGGUCAUCAACUCCAUGGACUACGAGUUUAACUUUCAGCUGGAGAUACGAGCACCCUACCUCUUAGCAGGUGUGGAGAGCCCGUCUCAUGCCAUCCGAGCCGACGCUGACCCUCUGGCCCGGUCAGCCACCAGCGUCGUCAUCACCCUGGCGGACAAGUACACUUACGAUUGUCCUGUUCAGAUCCUCAUCUACCCUAGUGAACCUCACGUGCCUCAAGUGCUCAUAGAGAGCGGAGACAUGACGCAAGAUGAGUAUGACGAGUACAUCCAUGGCCGCAGCGACUUCAUCAAGGCCACCAAGAAGGAUUCCAGCAAUGAGACCAAGGUGGAAGCCAUUCAAAGGCGGCUGCACAAGGACAUCCUCCAUAACCCUGUUGUCAUGCUCAACUUAUGUCCCAACUUUAAGCCCGUCAGCUCUGACCUUAGGAAGGUGCACGGAGAGUUCAUCUUCCUCAUCGACUGUAGCGGAAGCAUGAGUGGUGUCAAUAUCAACCGUACGAAGGAUGCCUUGGUGGUGAUUCUAAAGAGUCUAGUACCGGGCUGCCUAUUCAACUUAAUAAGCUUUGGCUCCACCUUCAAAUCUCUUUUCUCAAGCAGUCAGAACUACGAAGAGGAAGCACUAGCCCUGGCUUGCGAGUACAUUCGGAAGAUUCGUGCGGACAUGGGGGGUACAAACAUCCUGGCACCCCUCAAAUGGAUUCUGAGGCAGCCAAUGUUUCCUGGACACCCCCGUGUUCUCUUUCUGAUCACUGACGGGGCGGUGAGCAACACGGGCAAAGUCAUCGAACUGGUGCGUAGUCAUGCGCGCUACAUCAGAUGCUUUACGUUUGGCAUCGGGCAGAAUGCUUGUCGAAGAAUGGUACAUGAAGUAGCCGCAGUGUCCAGAGGAACAGCAGAGUUCCUGGCUGAAGGCGAGAGACUCCAACCAAAAAUGAUAAAAUCUCUGAAGAAGACCAUGUGUCCGGUGCUCAGUGACAUUUCCAUUGAUUGGCUCUUUCCUGAGACCAAGGAAGUCCUGCUUUCACCAGUGGGCAACACUUUUCUGUAUCCUGGAGACAGUCUCAUCGGAUACGCAGUGGUUUGCGACGCCACCCGUUACCAUGCUAAUCCCAAAUCUGAGAAAAGACGACGAUACAGCAUGAUGCAUUCCAUCGGUUCUGGCAGCUCCGUUUUUUAUCACUCCCAAGAGGAGGACCUGUUGAAGACCUCUGCUAAUGAUCAGCCGCCAUUCAACGAGUUUCUUCAUGACUCCAACCAGGAUUCUGUGAUGGAUUGCUGCUCUGUUGCCAUGGAACAUGACGAUGGGUUAAAUGGUCAGACGUCGGCAAGAAGGCGAGCGUAUAGCACCAACCAGAUAACUGAGCACGUCUCGGUUAAAAAGUACACCUCCAGUGAUCCCAGUUCCGUGAUGCCAAAGAAUCCUCUUAGACGUGCCAAAGUUGAAGAUCUGAUUGGCCAAGCGAGCCCUGAGCACGAGACUCAAUGGAAGAGGGACUACCAGCCUCAGUUGGUCAGUUUGUGUGCAGCGUCUUUAAGAGAGCAGCCAUCAGGUGCUCCCUGUUUGCUCCAGCAUCACCCGCAAGGGGAGGUAGAAACGGAAAUGCCGACGUCAGCCCCAGUAUGUAACACUGCUGGAGAGGAUGGUUCGAGAUCAUCUACAGAGAGUCCAUCUUUAGGAAGUGUGGGAGAUACAGAAGGAUACAGCCACCAGGUGUGUCAGGCAGAAACGCCACUGGACAAACACAGCGCAGAUGUGAUAACAGCUGGCCAGCGGCGAGGAGAUUGCAAGGUGGUGGUGUCAGGUCUGCUCUGCGGGAAGGCUGUUCAGUGGGAGGUGAUCUUUGAUGUUGAGCCCUACCUGAAGGGGCGGGAACGUGAGGAGAAGGUUCACGAGGAGCUGUGGAAUGAGACUUUCCAUCAUCUGGCGGCGCGCUCCAUCAUACAUGACUUUGAGCACAUGGUGGAGAGAGAACGUGACAUUGAGCAUGGCUCUGGAAGGAAAUACCACAUUUACGCUAUUCACACCAGCAAAGCGUGCAACAUUUUGAGCAAAUACACUGCGUUUGUUCCUGUCGACUUGGACACAAAUGAAUAUCUGCCAACGUGUAUUGACUACAUCAACCUCGCUAAUGGCUUAAAAAGAGGUUCCCGCUCCAGUUCAGGAAGUAGGAAAAACCGAGGGUACUCCAUUGGAUUGGGCCGCUCUCAGUCUGGUGGUGUGUCGGAGGAAGCCGAAGACAUGUGUGCAGCUAACAGUUUGGAAGAUGGCGCAUCUCCUUGCAGUACUCCGUCCUCAUCCAGCUGGGAGAGAUGUAGCUCCACAGAGGGGACUCAAAGGAGUCCGUCGGUGACAUCAGACCAGUCUCAGAAAUCUGUGGAAAGUCUGUUUUCUGCCAGGUUGGCACUCAGCAGGACUCGUCUAUUGACCAAAGCUGCCAAAGGAUUCAUGAGCCGAUCCCACAGCAGGUCAGGUGAUUCCAUGGGAGAAAGCGACAAUGAGAACAAAGACUACAUCCCUCUGGUAUUGCUGCAGCUGGCGUGUGGCGCUUUCCCGCUUGACCCAGCCCUGUGUGACACCAUCAACGUCCCCAUGGAUAAACUCAAGUGGACAUCCCCCUUUGCUAGCCACCGAACCAGCCUCGCACACCCUUCCCACUCAAGCAGCCGGCGCGCAGAGAGCACUGAAGAUGACUCUGGACUAUCGAGUGACACGCAGACAAGUCUGAAAGAUUCUUUACCAACCGAUCAGGAGACAACCUCUCCUGGCGAUGCACAAAGAAGGAUGAUGGACCCCGAGAGCCUAGUAUGGGCGACGGCAGUAGCACUAGCCUGGCUUGAGCACAGCUCCGCCAGCUAUUUCAUCGAGUGGGAGCUGGUCGCCGCCAAGGCCAGCAUGUGGCUGAGUGAACAGGACAUCCCAGAAGGCCGUGAUGUGGGCUCGGUCAAGGCGGCUGCCAACCAACUCUUUAUCAUCCUCAGACACUGGGAUGAAAACCUUCAGCUGAACAUGCUGUGCUAUAAUCCAAACAGUGUGUGAUGGUCAUGCAGGUGCCGACGCUUGUCUGUCUGGAGUCAUUCAGUGUUGUGAGCAAUGUGCAUGUUCUUUUGUGUACGUGUCCUCUAAACAUAUCAGAGUCAGUACGUUUACAUGUACAGUGUUGCUCAACUAAGGCAUUCUUUUCAACUGCUUGCCGACUAUGAAUGACUAAACGAGGUUGGCCAUUUCCACAACACCAAAAUGAAGGAUGGCUUGUGGCAUUUAGUGAGGAAAGAAAAAUAGCAACAUCCAACUCAAGUGUGCACAUUAAAAAAAAAUAUGAUCAUGGUAGCAUAAUACAGAUACGUUGUUUAUCACAAGACAAUUUUAUUGAUAAGGCAGACAUUAUGUCUUGAAAUUUAUAUUUUGUCAAUGCAUCCUUCAAGGAAAAUGGAGUGCCACAAAGCAUAACAUUUAUAGUUUCUGUCAGAGGACUGUUAUCACUCUGGAUAUCAAAGGUCACGUGCUUUUAAUGCAAUUAACUCUGCAUUUCAGAUCAUUCACUUCCUUUAACCCUUUAAGAGACAGUGGUGACUACAGUGGACAGCUAUUCAAAAGUUGUGAAUUAGGACCUUUAACCCUUUAUAUAGCAAAUGACUAUUUUUGGUCAUUUAAAAAAAUGAAGAAUCUAAAUAACCAUUAUUAUUAUAUACAGUGGUACCUCUACAUAUGAAUUUAAUUUGUUUCAGGACCUGGUUUGUAAGUCGAAAUGGUCAUAUGUCGAGUGGGAUUUUCUACUGAGAAUACGUUAUAAUUCGAUUAAUUUGCUCCACAGACCACAAACAUACGUUUAAUCCUUCAUAAAUACUGCAUGUACAAUUAGAAAUAGCAGUUACACAUAGCAAAACAAAGAAAUUAUGACUACAAAUCAUAAUAAUAAUAAUUAUGUAAUGAAUUCUGUUCUCACGUGGCUGUUGUGUUUUGCAUCCUGUUCUUAAACAUAUUAACGAAAAGUGAGAGAGGCACAGAAGAGUGGGAGUUUUUUUUACUUUCUCUUUUCAUGUUUUGUUGUUGGCAUCGGCUACAGCAAACAGUAACCGUGUUGCGUUGCACAACUUCGGAAAUAAAUAAUUAAAAACCUGACGAAGCUGGCGACUUCCUUGCCGAUAUUACAAUUAGGGCUGUCAAAAUUAUCGCGUUAACGGGCGGUAAUUAAUUUUUUAAACUAAUCACGUUAAAAUAUUUGACGCAAUUAACGCACAUGCCCCGCUCAGAUUAAAAUGACAGCAGUGUAAUGUCCACUUGUUAUUUGUUUUUUUUAUGUUUGGCGCCCUCUGCUGGCGCUUGGGUCCAAAUGAUUUUAUUUUACAAUGAGUGAGCAUGGUGUAACUAUUGACAUCAACAAUGGCGAGCUACUAGUUUAUUUUUUGAUUGAAAAUUUUACAAAUUUUAAUAAAACAAAAACAUCAAGAGGGGUUUUAAUAUAAAAUUACUAUAACUUGUACUAACGUUUAUCUUUUAAGAACUACAAGUCUUUCUAUCCAUGGAUCGCUUUAAGAGAAUGUUAAUAAUGUUAAUGCCAUCUUGUUGAUUUAUUGUUAUAGUAAACAAAUACAGUACUUAUGUACCGUAUGUUGAAUGUAUAUAUCCGUCUUGUGUCUUAUCUUUCCAUUCCAACAACAAUUUACAGAAAAAUAUGGCAUAUUUUAUUGAUGGUUUGAAUUGCGAUUAAUUACGAUUAAUUAAUUUUUAAGCUGUAAUUAACUCGAUUAAAAAUUUUAAUCGUUUGACAGCCCUAAUUACAAUAAUAAUAAUUGUCACCUUAACCUAUAAAACUGGCGAACAGAAGACAGUUGAGAUUGCUGACAUUCUACGGCCGUAUUGCCGAGCCAGUUCCCGGAAGCGCACAGCACGCUAAUAUUUUUCCAUCAUUUCCAUCUUCAUUUCAAUAUUAAGCCUCACCUUUUUCCUUUCUUCACCACUUACACUAACAUUCUUAGAACCCAUGUUGAUUUCUCUCACAAGAAAAUCCGCCGUGCGUCCAUCUUGCGGGAAAACAAACUGAGGCGUCAUCAUAAAUCGUCGUAUUUUGAGCACGUCGUCAAUUGUAGAGACAAAUGACGUGUCAAAUUUUACGUCGGAUGCCGAAAGGAUCGUAUGUCAAGGUAGCACUGUAUAUAUUUACAUUUUUAAACAUUAUUUAUUCAUUGUUGUAUUCUUUAUAUUCUUUUUUAAUUUUGAAUACAUUUAUAAAUGAAUGUUAAUAAAACUAAAUUAUGGAAUUAAAAUGAAUGAAAACAAACACUGAUUACCUCCACAAAUAUCACUCUUAACUACAAUUAAAAAUCAAGACAUUCACUUAACUCUUUGCAUGCCAUUGAUGGUGAGGACUUCAAAUUCAUUUUAACCAGGAAGUCUGGAUACAAAUACCCAUGUUUCAGUGCCACUGACGGCUCCAGACUUCCAAUCCACUUUGAAUAGGAGGGGCAAAUGAACAAACCUCCAGUCAAAAUGGAUUGGAUGUCUCACACAGUCAGUGGCAGCCAGUGAGUUCAAUGUGUGCCAAAUAAGCAGAGGUGGGUAGAGUAGCCAAAACUUUUACUCAAGUAAGAGUAGCGUUACUUCAAAAUAAUAUUACUCAAGUAAAAGUAGUUGUCCGAAAAAAUGUACUGAAGUGCAAGUAAAAAGUAUUUGGUGGAAAGAAUACAAGUAAUGAGCAACAUUGUGAAUGACUGCUUAUAUUUUUGUUGGAUUUUUUUUUUUUUUUAAACAAUUGUAUUUUUUUUCCGAGCUCAGUUAUCUAUAUGGACUGUUGUUAUAAUGAUACUGUACAAUAACCCAUUACAUAACCACAUUAGGCCAAAGAUAUGCGGAGAAAAAAAAAAAAAAAAAAAAAAAAAAAAAAUCAUUGAAUUCUGACCAUAUUAGGCCAAAGAAAUGCAAAAAAAAUAAAAUAAAAUAAAAAUUAUUGAAUUCUGACAAAAGAAAAAAAAUUACAUAAAUGAAGCAUUAUUCGUCCAAAGAGCAUGAGUGCCCUCUGGUGGAGAAAUUUGUUCCUAGUUUGAAUAGUGAAGAGUUCCUUCAUCAUUACUAUUUUAAAAUUAAAAGGAUCAUAUGUCACGUUUUCCGUGAUCAGUCGGUGUCAAAUAAAACCUGGGAGAGAGGUUAAAAUCCUGCUCUUUUCAGUCAUAUUGAGGGCAGUGCUCUAUAUUAAAUACUUCAAAUUUUACGGUGCUUUAAAGACGCCACAUGAUUGUACAUGCUGGCAUGAAGAUGGAACGGCAAGCUUGUGUCUGAUUGGUAUAAUAGUCAUGUGAUUAUUGUUGCGACGUCUCAUUGGUGAAAUCGUUAGAGCUACCCUGGUAAUACAACAGGCAUAUCUCUACUCUAGGCAUUGCUGGCCGAAAAAAAUAAAAAUCUACCGGUAAUAUCUAGAAUAAAGAGGAAAAAUGUAACGACUCUUGUGAAGCCCAAAGUUGCGGAGUAAGAGUAGCAAUUUUUCUUUACAAAUCAACUCAAGUAAUAGUAAAAGGUAAAGCUUAGUAAAACUUCUCUUUGAGGUACAUUUUUCUCAAAAAGUUACUCAAGUAAAUGUAAAGGAGUACAUGUAACACGUUACUACCCAUCUCUGCAAAUAAGUAUUGAAUACAAAAUCAUAUUUUGUGCAUGAAAUGGUUAAAAUAACAUUUUUUUUUUUAAAAUACAGAAACAUUUUGACAUUUCUAACAAUAUUUACAAAAGAGUCCAGCACCAAGAACUAUUUCCAAGUUUAACUUGAUAUGUAGCUAACCGCUAGUAUGCUAACACAGACUUUAAGUAGAUUAAACUCACCGAUUCCCUCUUGUUAGCAGUCGCAUUAUUAACAGAAAAUAUGUCAUCUGUGGCCAUUACAAGUGGACAUUAUAUCAGAUGCUGAGCUAAGACAGUACUCUCCAAUGUGUUUAACAUUACGCACUUGCAGCUGUUCUCAAUGCAGUGAGCACUUGAGAACACAAAUAGUGUGUUGUGUUCAGGUGCAACUCUAAAAGUGAGGACAAUUAAUUGUCAUGCUUAAAGGUGUCACACAAGGCAUUUAAAAUGAAGGACCGAGUUUCAUAUAACAGGACGUACGGCCACCCAUAGUCUAUCAGCUAUUAUUGGUAGUGCUUUGCCUUCUUUAGUUCUUUUUGUUACCUUCCUUACCUAUCCAAUCUAUUGUAGGUCUACUAUGCCACAGACCAUCCAAAAAUAGUAAUCACGGUGCAAUUCAUUAGUGUUUCGUUUCAUUGGUUUUUGACAUUUCAGUACUAAUAGUGCAUUAUUAAUAAUUGGGGAACAAGUGUCUAAAAACAGUGUAGGCAGAGUGGCUUCAUUUAACCAUUUCACCCUUAGUAACUGCCUUUAUAUUUGCCCUGUGACUGACUGGCGACCAGUCUUGGGUGUAGACUGCCUUUCUCCAGAGUUAGCUAGGCUAAGUUCUAGCUUGUCGCAAAACUGAACAGGCUGAGCAGAAACAUUUUUCAAAAGAUUCUUAUUUAUACAGACCUGCAAAAAUGACUAAAUCAAUCAUAAUGUGCAUGCUAGAUUAGUAGUUGUUUUGAAAAGCUGUGGUUGACUAUUUUUUUUUAACCUUGUGAACGCUUGUGCACGUGCAUGUUAUCAUCUCAUGUUUUAAAUGCUUGUGUUUUCAGAGCUUAACUGCUGUUGUCAUGCAAAGAAAUGGGAAAAUGAGUGCAUAGGUAAAAAAAAAAAAAAAAAAAAAAAAAAAUUUUACUAUUCCAGCAUGCAGUUACUCAAUGUCUGGUAAUUAUGAGGACUUAGUCAGGUUUUGGGAUGUUUUGUGUUAAAUGUUGUAUAAAAGGCAUUUACGCAUUUCGACCUUAGUGACAAAUAUGAGCUAAAUGUUUCUUAUGUAGCAAAGCAAGCCAAGUCAAAGACCGGAUUUUUUUGAUGGCCGCCAUUUAUCGCAAGAAAAGUGAAUGGCAUUGAUGGGGUUGAAAAAGUAUUUCUUUCUAAGAAAUUAAGCUGUAUUUUAUUUUGCAUUCUAAUAUGACAACUAUACUGGCA